AUGAAAAACUUAAUUAUUCAAACCCUCGUCCAUGCGAAUCAUAUUUUGCAUCAUCAGAAUGUUGUCGAUGCUUAUGGUCAUGUGUCUGUUCGCCAUCCGGACAACCCAGGUAUCUUUAUCAUGUCGGCAUCGACCGCGCCAGCAUUGGUCUCAUCCAUCUCCGACUUGGUACAUUAUAAUGUAUCCGAUGGUGCUCCAGUAGAUCCGAAGGCGAAGAAAGGGUACCAAGAACGGUUUAUCCACAGCGAAAUUUACAAGAGAUUUCCAGAAAUCAAUUGCGUUAUCCACAGUCAUGCCGAGGCCGUAAUCCCCUACACGAUGAACGGAGUCCCGAUGAGACCGAUAUUUCACAUGGCUGGGUUCUUAGGUGACCACGUACCUAAUUUUGAUAUCACGGAGCUAUACACCUCGAACGAUAGACAAGACUUCUUGGUAAACUCUGGACGGUUUGGCAGUGCCUUGGCCGAGAAAUUCUCCAAGCCGGAAUCAAGCACCCAAGACUAUAACGUCGUAUUAAUGGCAAAUCACGGUUUCACGACGGUUGGAUCAAGUAUCAAGCAAGCCAUCUACCGUGCCGUUUAUACUCAAGUCAACGCGGGUCUCCAAGCAAAAGCUCUUAUGCUCAGGAACGCCGAGGGAAGAGUUGCUGAACUUGGCCCUUUAAGAUUUUUGAAUGCCGAACAAGCUUCUGGUUCCGAAAAAUUUAACGAUGACACCGCAGAAAGACCUUGGCAGUUAUGGGUGCGAGAAGUUGAGGCAAGCCCUUUGUAUCAAAAUGAAGCAAUACAGAUGGAUUCCUCAGAUGAGGUAUGA